AUGUCGGAGCCCUACUACACUUUGAAAAAUGAAGUUUUCGCAAAUUUUGCUUAUUAUGCAGCAAUAUCAACGCUUAAAAUGAUGGCUAUGUCACUACUCACUAGUCGCGAGCGAUUUGUUAAGAAUGCCUUUGCUAAUCCUGAAGAUAUUCAGCUAGGUCGAGAUAAACAGGCGAAAGUGACAUUGACUGAUCCAGAUGUUGAACGUGUUCGUCGAAAUCAUUUAAAUGAUAUUGAAAAUAUCGUUCCAUUUGUUAUUAUUGGUAUUUUGUACGUUAGUAUUAAUCCAUCUUCAACAACAGCUCUAUGGCAUUUUCGUACAUUUUUCUUUUCUCGCAUAUUUCACACAAUUGCGUAUCAGCUUCCAUUACCUCAACCAUCACGAGCUGUUGGCUUUGCAAUCGGUUAUGCAACAACUAUGUCAAUGGCUAUUCAAUUCUUACGCGCUCUUUUCAAAUAA